AUGUCGCCUUGCAAGUCCUGCCGUGGCUUUGCGGCGGAUGACGCCCGAGGAACUCUUGAACGACUCUACAAGGCUGCUGAAAAUGGGUGCAUCUGUUGCGAUGCGGUCCAGCAGGCUGUCCAGCAACUGCUACCAGAGGCUUCGUCUCCUGACCUUAAAUACAUACUUUGGACGACUAAGAGACGACAGCGCACUGACAUGCUUCACCCCGAAGAUUCUUCGCAGUGGGAACUGAAUGUGAGGAUCGAGAAGGAGCCUUUUAUAAUUGAGCACGAUAUUCUGAUUCAUGCGGUUCCGGAACUACCCAGUCCUUGGAAGAGCGUCCCUCUCUUCGACGAUCUACCAACGUCAACAGACUCGGAUGAGUCAAGCGCCUUCGCUUUAGGUGCCCUGAAGGAGUGCCUGGACAAUCAUUCACUCUGCGAGAAUGCACCCGACGGGUUUCUCCCGUCAAGGCUGGUGGAGGUUCGAGAAACGUCUGUUCGAGUCGUCGACACUCAUGAGUUGGACCCGGCGCAGGCCAAAUACCUCGCCUUGAGCCACUGUUGGGGACCACCCGAGAGUAUCACUGCGCAACUCAACGAUGAGACGUAUGAUGAAUACACCAACGAAAUCCCAGCCGCAGCGCUACCCAAGACUUUCAAGGAUGCCAUUGCCAUCACUCGCAAACUGGGGUAUCGGUAUAUCUGGAUCGAUUCACUCUGCAUUAUUCAACACAACGUCGAAUGCUGGAUAAAGGAGGGUUCGCAGAUGUGUCAGAUCUAUGAGAACUCACUUGUCACUCUCGCCGCCGCUUCUUCGCCGAGCGGCCAAGGUGGUCUAUUCUACAACUCUCCAAAGAUCGAAAUAACUGGCACCAUCCCCGAAUCCGGCCAGAAAUAUCGACUCUUUGCACGGUUCAACUUUAACCACCGAUUCUUUGACUAUCCUCUGAUGAACCGCGCAUGGGUCAUGCAGGAACGUCUUCUCUCGCCCCGAACUCUAUACUUCACGAGCCAGGAGCUUGUGUGGGAAUGCCGUUCUCGCAACGUUUGUCAGUGUUCGCCUAUUCUUGGCGGCUUCCAAGCCCAGGUUCACGGGUUCCCGGGCAACUCAAAACUUCAGCCCGCCGAAGCUCACCUGGACACUUCUGCUCUCAAGUCGAAAUGGUAUGAGGUGGUUGAGAUUUAUACGCAACUCAAGUUGUCGCAUCCAGGUGACAAACUGAUGGCUAUCGACGGUAUUGCGCAGUACAUGGCACCGAUGCGCGAGAGUCAGCACUUUGCUGGUCUGUGGGCAGACUCUUUCGUGCCUGAUCUCGCCUGGGCAACUGACCCAUUUGACGAGGAAAAAUCACGGGUGCCUGAGUGGCGCGCGCCGACAUGGUCCUGGGCCUCCCUGGAAACCAAGAUCAUUUGGUAUGCCAAGGAGACACCAAGCGCUCCUGAAGCUCACUUCAGCGUCGAGAAAUGGCCCCAGCACAGCGAAGGGAUGCAGCCAUGGACGGAAUCUUGCCAGGACUCCCAGAUCGUUCUUCGCGGUAUCCUUGUCGAAACAACAGUGGCAGAGGCAGACGCGGUUGUCAAUUCGUCUCCAUGCUUGUACCAAGAUUGUGCAGAAUGGGUUCCUUCGGGCGACAACACUCAAGAUGACGAGCCGUUGUACUGCCUACGGCUACUAGAGGCCGAAGAUCUUCUCUGCUCCCUCGUGCUGAGGAAAUCGGAAUCUCAAGGCCAGACAUUGUAUCAGCGACAUGGGUUGUUGCUGUUUCAAGCUAACCCAAAGAAUGAGAAUGAAAUCUGGAAUACCAGGGACAAGCCGAGGAGCAGAUGGGAUAGGGUAAAGCCCCGGGCUGGAUUUCCUUCAUGGUGGGUUGGGGGUGAUUUGACCAGUGUUACUAUCAUUUAA